AUGGCAGAUACGCAUUUUGUCCUCUUCGUAAUCUGCAUUGCUUCGUUUAGUCUAAACCCCAGUUGGGCAAACACAUAUGACGUAACAAAAUACGGCGCUAUCGGUAACGGCAGUGCCGAUGACUCACAGGCAUUUCUACAAGCAUGGAAAGCAGCAUGUGGAGAUAAGAGUGGAGGCACCCCAACCUUCACGGUGCCGAAUGGAAAGACAUUCUUCUUGAACUCUCUGGCCUUCCAGGGCCCCUGUCAAUCUCAAACUAUCCAAGUACAGAUUUUGGGGUCUCUUGUGGCACCCAGCCAAAAGAGUCAAUGGUCAAACUGCCAAGGCAACAGUUGGAUACUUUUCCAAGGAAUAAAUAGUCUCAAUGUAAAUGGGAAUGGAUUGAUAGAUGCCAAAGGGGAAUCCUGGUGGCAGGGAGUCACCCCCACGGAGGAGGACGACACCAAUCCUCCACAUGGCGUCUGCGAUCGACCGACGAAUAAUCUACCCUCGAAAAGCAUGAAAUUUGUAAAUUGUAAUGGGCUUCAACUUUGCGGAUUGAAUAUUCAAAUUAGUCCAAGGAACCAUAUCAGUAUACACAACUGUAACGGUGCACAAGUCUCCGCCCUCACCAUAAAUUCACCUGCAAACAGCCCUAACACUGACGGAAUUGACAUUAUGUACGUUGGUGAUGAUUGCAUUGCUAUCAACACCGGGUGCUCAGACGUCAACAUUACAGGUGUUUCAUGCGGGCCUGGCCAUGGUAUAAGGUAG